AGGUAGAAAACAGGCGAGGAUCUGUUGACUCUCCCACGAGGGGUCGACGGGCCAUCUUCACCUUUUCUUUCCUGGUAAGAAUACGGAGCCGCAUCGCCCUUCCACCUCGUCCACGGCCGUGAAGCCACCAAAUUAUAUAUAUAUACUUGGCUUCGGCUUCCUCUCUGCCUCUCCCCCCCUCCUCCCUCAAGCCGUCCAUCUUCUCCGACUAUACAUCAUUUCUUGCCUUGAGAGCUCCUUUCAGCUCAAUUGAGAGCUUUGUCCACAUUCGACCACAGCGUCUCUGCGUCAAAAACGAGCCCAGGCAUCCACCAUUCCAGCCAUUGUCCACCACGCACGCCGACAAUGUCUUCGGGGAGCCAUUCAUCUGCCACCCGCGCGUUCUUCGGCGCAAUUACAGACCGCGUCCGCGGACGCUCAAGAAGCCGGAGCCCUGCGCCGUCGCGAUCGUCGGAGCAGGCCACGGCCGUCAAGAUGCAACAGCCUCAGCAACAGCCAGCCCAGCAUUUGCCGAAGCGACCAGCAAUGGCUCCAGCCGCACAUCGCACCUCGUCGACCAGCACCACCAGCACCACCAGCACAAACAGAUCGUCCACGAACAGCGACUGGGAACAGAUGGUGUACGGUCGCCACUCCUCAGAAUGGAUAUUCAAAUCGCAAAAGUCGCUGAAGCGACAGAGCACCAGCAGCUCCACGUCGUCAUGAGCGCACACUCGCCUGUUGACCCUUUAGAACGCACACGAACGUCUUUUUCCACGGCCGGACCAAGGAAAAAAAAGGCACCAGAUUACUGCGCACACGCUCUCAUCUUUUCGUGUACCAUAUCCGGUUUUGUUUUACAUCUGAAUUUCCCACGGUCGAGGACGCCGAGCGAAAGCGACGAGUGGCAGGAUAUCGGACAGUGGCUUCCUCGAUUCUUGAUCAUGACCAUUUAUUCUGGCUUUUACUACGCGGACGAAAUUGGGCCACGCAAAUUUUCUUUUUACUUUAAUCUACAACUUGAUACCCUACGGAAGUUCGUUGCGCAAACAUGUUCUGACUACCCAUUUGGAUGUGGAGGGUCUUUGACGGAUGUGAGUUGCAGCUCUUCUUGGAAAAACAUUGUACCUAGCACCAUUUUUGUUGCUGCUGAUGCUGCUGCGGUUGCUUCCGCCUUUUAGCCUAGAUUGAGCUACGCGCUUGUUAACUUGGAUUUUCAUGCACGCGGUUGAGAAAGCUCGAGUCAAUGAAUUGAAAUUACACAAUCAUAUGAAACAAACUGAAUUCCUGCCUCUCCUAUCCCGUUCAGCACAGCCAGAAGUCGCCAUUCUUCCUCUACCGAGACGCGAAAAGAAUUUUAAAAGGAUUCACGUCGCUGCAUCUCUUUUGUGCCUCUGCGUCACACAAAUUUGCCGCUUCGCCCAGGAUUUAGACUACCAACCUGUGGCAGACUCGCAAAGAGUCCAGUCUUGUUGACGUAAACCACAG